UUGGCCAUAGCAUACAAAUGUUCUUCGGAGUUCUCGUACUUUGACGGAAGCCCUUCCUGUACAUGUACCGUUCGACGUUUCUUUCCACCAUUGUCCCGUCCAUACAUGCCUUCCAGCCGGUCGGGGAAACCACUUCUGACCGGAUGAGAGAACCUUCUGAUUCUGGAAUCAGCACUACGAUUGUGAUCACAGUGUCAACUCCGACUUUCAACAUCCCGCUGUGCUACCUAACCCAUCUAAAAGCGCGUGUGCGGUCGCUUUGGCGACGUCUCGAUCGUCCAAAUGAUCGGCACUGCAUAAAUGAGCCCAAUGAUAAUUAUCCUCAGCCGAACUUGGUGCUUCCUAAGAGGGAUCUGCCCACCACGCGUCAUCCUUCACCCCGGCGAGCGAAGGCAAGCAAGGCGGCUCUCUCCAGAACUCUCGUAAAUGGCACGAGCGACUUGAAUUCGCUUGCAUUACAUGUUCUCAUACUGUGCUUGGGCUACGAUGCUACGGUUGCCUCGAGGCAUGUCAACAAUAGCCAGAUCUUCAGCCCAAGGCAUCAGCACUCGCCGUAUUAGGGCCUUGUCUAUCCAACCUGUACAACCAGGAUUUUGAUUCCUUGCUGUUCACGUCUUGUACAUAUUGUCAUAUAUGUAUGACUGCUUAUUCUAGUCGCACCCAAGCCAAUGCUUGUCUACUGUACAAUAACCUCGCUCGGUUGCC